AUGUUCUCAAUAUUUUUGGGAGUUUUGCCAUGCUCAUGCCAAGGCCAAGACGCCACAGCUGAGGACAAUGCUGUUGAGAAGAAGAACAGGUUGGGCCGGACAGAGCUCCACAAUGCUGUUUGCAAGGGCGACGAAAAGCGUGUCCAGCAGCUCCUGCAAAACCGCGCAUCUGUUGAUGCCAAGGAUGAAAGCGGCCGGACACCAUUGCACUUGGCCGCCAGUGAGGUCUCCGGACCAACCAAAAUCAUUAAGCUGCUGCUAGAGGCGAGGGCCAUGACUGAGGCCAAAGACCUGGGCGGUUUGACUCCAUUGAAUUUGGCUUGCGACUCGAAGUGCGAGGAAGCGGUGGCUGUUCUGCGGAGCGAGGGCUCACCAAAAGUUUCAGAAGGGUUGACAGAAGAUCACAUCGGGACAGAGGCGCCGCUGGAUGUCCUGCACUUCUUGCCGAAGCACAUGCCAGCCGUGGCCUCCGAUGCAAAUGAAAUCACCUUCGAGGGAAUCAUCAAGCCUAGCGCAGAGCAAUGCUGGACGUCGUUCCCUGGCAAAUUCAAGGCUGGAUGGGAUGCGCUGGUGAACGUGCCAGCUUUUGGCGACAGUGUUGCAUGCGUUUUCUUGUGCGAUUCCCAGUCUGGCCUUGGGGAGCACAAGAAAGAUCCAAAAGGUGAUGGCAAAAAAUGCUAUUGCUACCGGAUUUAUGGAGAGCGAGCAGAUGCAGAGUACAAGAAGUUUGGAUAUCUCAUCUAUGUACAGAAGAAGUAUUCAGAAUGCAGUGAUCUGGAGAGAAGCAAGCUGGAGCAGAAGGCCAACGCCAUGGAUGCAGAGCUUGUUUUUGAAGAUGAUGACAGCAGCACGAGGGACACAAAGGAGAAGCGGGCCAAGGAAAAGUUUGCCCAAAAGAAGACCGCAGCAUUUGGCUGCAGUUGGUACGAUUUGUGGUUCCAACGUGUGAGAGAAGCAGUACAACGAGGCCAACGGCUAAAAGUCGUGUUCUUUCCUGGUGAAGUGAUGAAAGGCAAAGUUGAUAUGGAUGCACUGGCCACAGCUGACCUCUGGGAUGGUGUUGGGCUUGGAACGUCCCAGAAAUGCGAGGUUGCCACACUUGAGGCAAUGAGGAAGGAAACUGGCGAUCCCAAGUGGGACUACGAUCCAGUAGAUGUGACCGAUUUCCUCAUUUCACAAUUCAAGGAAGGUGAUUUGGUGGAAGCGUUGGACGCGGACAGCCGGCGUUGGCGCAAAGGCCGCAUAAGCGGGAUGACGAAGGAUGACAGGCACACCGUGCGACACACCUGGAACAUCAUUUGCGACUGGUCCCAGACAGAGUUCCAGUCAGAGCACCUGAGGCCUUUGGUGCAACAUACCACCGGCUUUGAGACCACACUGCAAGGGUUCCAGGAUAAGAAGAUGCUGCGGUCUCUGGAGGAAUUCUUCAAUGUUCAGGUGAAGCAGGUGCAGCGAUCUUGGUCCAAUGGGAGGCAUUCCAUAGCAGUGGAUGUGAACAUCAGCAACCUUAGGCAAGCACACAGCUUAAGGGACAAGGUCCUGAGCGGAGAUUUGGAUCUAAAGGUCAAUGAUAUUUUGUCCAUAGACUGGCAAGUAGGAAUUGAUAAAAGCGCUUUCUUGACCUUCUAUGAGAGAUCCCUUCUGUCAUUGACGGAUCUGACAAAGCACCAGAACGAAGUCCUCCAAGAGCUCAGAGAUGCAGGUACUCAUGAGCAAGGUGUCAUUCACCUGUCUGCAGCGGCUGGUGCCGGGAAGACCUUCAUAGCGGUGAAGUGGGUCUUAGACCAUCUCAGAAUGUCCUCGGGAAAGGUGCUGUACAUUGCACCCAACAAGCCUUUGCACAUGCAGACAGGGACUCAUCAUCAAGAUACUUCUCAAGUACGAGUGCCUGUCAUCAAUGGCAACCAGAUCCUUUUCGAGUCAGCCACAGUUGAGCUGGAACCAUGUCAAGUCAAAAUACUUGACGAAGCGCAUUGCAUUUUUUGCGCGGACACGGACUCACUGAUCCAAGACCGCUUGAAAAGCUACAGUGCGAGAAGCACAGUGCUACUGUCUGACCUGUCCCAAGGUUCGAGCACCACAUUUUCAGUUGAUCGACACUAUCCCAACAGGCAUGCAGUCAAACUCAUAGAAGUCGUUCGAAGCACGCAGCGCAUUGUUGCAGGAGCAUUGAAUUUUCGACUUGGCGAAUCACGUAAUGAGAAUGUUGACAGCUUGGGGACACAUGGGCCACCGAUCAAAACCUUUUUAUUUGAAGUCCAGGCAGAACAAGACAAGAUGGAAGAGUAUGCCAAGCAUACUAUUGCAGCCAUCAACUAUGUUAUUUACCACUUUCCAAGCAUAAACCUGAACAAUAGAAUUGCUCUGCUAGUGAAGGACAAUGAUGUCCUCGGAUCCUUGAGUGGAAAACUCCGACGCCACCUUCAGCAUAAGUUUGCCAAGCGAUAUUGCUUGGUGUCGUAUGAGACAUCCCUGAAUUUAUUACCUAGCCACUUGAGCAUUGGAGCAUCUGCACAAGGUGUGCAACAAGAGCAACAGAUCAUUUUGGACACUGUCAAGAAUGCCAAAGGUUUGGAAAACCUCAUCGUGAUCUCAAUUGGGCUUGAUGCCCCCAUUCAGGGUGGUUACGAAGAUGGCGCUACAAGAUCCUUACUAUACCAAGGCAUCACAAGAGCACAGCUGGCUUCAAUGAUCGUAAAUGAGUUUAUGCCAGAUGGCUGGCUGGCUUUCCUGGGCUGUUUGAGGCUCAGCAAGGACACUUUCGAUAAAAAGGCAGCCUUUGCUGAGACUGACAAAGGAGCAGCUGCUGCCAUGCUCAAGGUGAAAGACAGUCGACGGGAGGUUGCCGAGGCUGCCAAGACCUUAGAAGAGGAACCUGCAGCAAACAUCUCUGUGGAACCAGAAAUAGCCACACAGGAGCCCGCAGUGGUUAAAGUGCUCCCAACUUCUGUGUGGGACACGGACGACAACACGAUCAAAGCCAAGAUCACGACACUGAAAUUUGAUCCACGGUUCACUCAGGAAGAUUCGGAAGAUCCAGAACAAGUCGAAGCCGACGAAGCGGCAGCGGCGAAAUACGACCACAUCGCCCACGCGGCGGCCGCCGGCGACCUCCCGGCCGUCCGGGGCCACCUUCGCCGCGACGGCGGCAGCCUCGACCGACUCCCCGGUGGCUGGUCAGCGCUGCACUGGGCAGCCAACAACGACCACCCGGCGGUCGUGGCGUUCCUCAUGGCGAAGGGCGCCGCCGUGGACGUCCUGGACGGCCUCGACCGUGCCACUCCGCUGCACAUUGCAGCAGUCAACGGCCACGUGGAGUGCGCCCAGCAGCUGCUGGCAGCGAAGGCCUCGGUGGACAUCAAGGACAGCGACGGCAGAACACCCUUGGAUGUCGCGAGACAAAACGGCAAUACGGAAGUGGUCAACCUGCUGAUGGGCGCAGCAUGAAAUAUAAGGUUUGGUAUAGUGAUUCCGGCAUGCUUCAAUUUCGGGCCAAAGUUGCCCUUUGAGCGCAUCUUGUGAAACGAUCAAAGAUGUGCCGUUUAACGCCGUUGGGUUCACAGGAUGUGGAUUAAAAUUUUGUCCCCGCAAAGUUGGGGCUUUCGAUGGUUUAAUUAUAUUUUAUGAAUUCAACGCGGAAACCA